UAAAACAUUAGCCGAACUUCUUCCCCAGCUCCACUCGCUCACCUAUUUGAACUGAAACACACUUUCCGAGAAAGCGCCCUUCACGGAGGACCAACAUAUGGGAAUAUUUCGAGGCUCAAUUGCAUUUUUAAAACUUCCCACGUCGCAUUUUUCCCUCCUUUCAUUGGAAGCGCUCCCUGGAGAACAGGAGUUUUUUUUUUAAAUAGUUUAUUAAACUGCGCUACUUUUAUUUAUUCCAUUCGUCCAAGUGGGUUUCUCUCUUUGCAUGCAUGCGAUGUCACGGAUUACUAAAAGGAGAAAGAAAUGUUUGAGUUUGUAUCCAGUGUUUCCAAGUUAAAGUGAUUUUUGAGGGGGUUUUUUUUAAAGAAACCAGUUGAGCAACUGGCGACAGGACUCUAUAAUCAAUGUGGUGUCAGCUGGAAGGACGCGGGGUCCGGAUCUCACCUAAACGCUGAUACGUCCUGGGAGUGAUGCACUGGCUUCCCCUGGUUGCCAUGGUGAUCGCCUCGGCCCUGCCCUUCCCUCACAACCCCGCAACCGCGCAGCCCAGCGAGGAUCAUAAGCAGACCUCCACGUCCGAAGUGGAGAACCAGAUAACCUACAAACCGUUCAGCAGUCCGGACGUUACAGCAGAAGAAGAAGAAGAAGAAGAACCGCUCAGGACCGAGGAAAUUUCCCAGGAAAACUCGCUACCAAAGGACUACAAAGCUAGCAGGAAAGAUGGCGACUCGGACUCGAUGCCGCGCCAUUUUAGGACAGGCGCAGCCGAGGACAGCCCCGCCGUAGAUGUCGGUUUGGGUCUGGAAAUAGACGAAAUGUUUCUGGACGCACAUCCCCGCGUCCUGUUCUCGCCCUCGCCGUCGCCACCGGAGCAUCCGCCGCUUCUACUGAUGUUGGAGAACGGGCUAAUGGAGGACGACAGCGACGGAGACGUAGAGGGUCACGGUGAUCGCGCCGCCGACCGGACCACGCCGACUCCGACAUGGGCGGACUACAACAGGGAGCCCGCCGACGAGGCGCACCGCCCGGUGAAACGGGACAAACGUUCACACCUGAUAGACACCCGCAGGGGGGAGAAGUCCGUGUGCGAGUCGGAAAGCACGUGGGUCAACAACAAAACCACCGCCAUCGACUCGCACGGCGAGCGGGUCACCAUCAUCCCGCAGAUCCAGACAAUGACGGGCGCGCUCAAGCAGUACUUUUACGAGACGCGGUGCCGCCGGCCCGACGGGCAGAGCGGCUCGAGCAGGACGCGGGGAGCGGGCGCGAGGUCCGCGGCGGCCGGCGUCGCCGGGGCCAGCUGCCUCGGCGUGGAUAAAAAACAAUGGCGGAGCGAGUGCAGAGAGAAGCAGUCGUACGUCCGCGCGCUCUCCAAGGACGCCAAGAACAAGAUGGGAUGGCGGUGGAUCCGGAUAGACUCGUCCUGCGUCUGCGUGCUGCUGUCCAGAACAAAUCAGGGGAAGGACGUGAUGACGAGGCGCAGGAGAGUCUAACGCAAGGAAGGAAGACACGUUUGGACGUUCUGUGUCCUUCCUCCAUUUUAUGACUUUUACAAAAAAAACAAGAAGACCUCAAUGCUAAAUGAUUUUAGGGAAACUGUUAUAUAGACAGAGGUGGGUAGAGAACAAUGGCGCCUUAAGACCAAUUAAAAAAGGAGAACAUUUCUGGAAAUAUUGAGAAAACUGAGCAUCAAGAGUUGAAAAUUUGCAAGAAAUGUUUAAAAGCCAUCUAAAAUUUUCCAGUAAAGAAGGAAAUUUCAUAAUUUGCAUCAAAUUUUCUAGAAAAAAGAUGGAAGUUUGUCAGUGUGAGUAGUUGGAAAUUUAUCAGAAAAAAAAAUCAAAUUUUGAGAUCUGACAAAUUUUCUAUAAAAGAAUGUGAAAUUUCUGAGUUUGAAAAGUCAGAAAUGAGGGGGGGGGAGCUGUUUGUGGUCUCAAAAUUUUCUAGAAAAUGCUUUUCCAAAAGUCAAACAUUUUCAACUUUUGAAAUUCAGAAAUUUCCAAUGUUUUAUCUAGGAUUUUUUUUUAGAUUAAUCUAAAACUUAGUUUGUUUGGCAGAAAUGUACUCCUUUUCCUUAUCUAGAAUGGCCCUUAUACGCCGUUGUAGUAGAGAACCCAAAUAUUGUGCUCAAGUAAGAGUUGCCCAACUUCAACAAGGGAUGCAAACAAUUAAUAAAAUUAGUUCAAAUUGAUUAAGUCAAUCUUGUAGUUUGGCUGUAAUCCAGCAGAGGGCGCUGCUGGUCAUGCUUAAACUAGCCAGUUGAUGCAGAAACAAAGAUGGCAGCGUCAUGACAGAAUGGGAAAGAGAAGCAGUCCAAACAAAGUCAUGCAAGAUGCACUUUAUGCAGUUCUGUUUAGAGAUAUAAACAUUCAACAAACUCCUAAAGUUUUACAAUGUUUUUUGUUUUUGAUUCAGCACAUGAUGACAAAUUUAGCUCUUCGUGUUAUGGAAAGACAGCCAGCCUUCUUCA